AUGGAUCACAACAAUCACCAUUUCAACACCCAGAAUUCAUCUAACUACCCAUCUAACAACCAAAAUCUCAACAAUUAUCCAGAUCCAAAUCAUUUUCCCAACCAACGUCAUCAAAAUCCCAACAUUUAUCAAGAUCCAAAUCAAUAUUGGUCUAACCAACAUCCAAAUCAAUUUUCCUACCCACGUCCUCAAAAUCUCAACAAUUAUCAACAUUCGAAUCAAUUUUCCUACCCAUGUCCUCAAAAUCUCAACAAUUUUGCAACAAAUUCCAACCAGUCAUCCUUUCAUCCCUCUAUGAGAUAUCCAUCUCAAACACCCCCGUCUAGUGGUCAUAUGCCAAUGGUGAAUGAAAAUUUUCCAGGUGUUGAUGCACCCGAAUUUCCCGAAUUUUCAACACAAAUGAGUUUUGGUGGCAUGACAGCUGCUGAUCAUACCACUCCAAAUCAAGAGGAUACAACUCCUAAGAGCAAGAAAACCCAGUCACCAGCAUGGAACACUACACAAAAUUUGGUGUUAAUUAGUGGGUGGAUUAACUGUGGAACAAGUAGUGUUGUGGGGAAAAACCAGAGAGGAGAAACAUUUUGGAGAGAUAUUGCUGAGUAUUGUAAUGAGCAUUGCUCAUUCGAUCCUCCGCGUGAUGGAAAUGCAUGUCGAAACUGUAACACCCCGAUUUCGGUGGCAAACCGCUGGAAUUAUAUGAACAAAAUACUGGGUAAGUGGAUUGGCGCUUAUGAUGCCGCUAAGCGUCAGCAAGCAAGCGGUUGGUCGGAUAAUGAUGUUUUGGCAAAAGCGCAGGAAUUAUUCGCCUGUGGGAAGAAUGUUCAAUUUACUUUGAUGGAAGAAUGGAAGCAACUCCGUGAUCUGCCACGUUUUUGUAGUCAUGUAGGAGGAAAUAGUGGCUCAGCAAGUAGUGGAACUAAGAGAGCUCACGAUAGUGAUGCAUGUGACUCAACCUCUAUAGGAUCAAUUCCUCGUCCAAUCGGUAGGGAGGCAGCUAAAAGAAAGAAUAAAAAGAAAAAGACUAACCAAUUGAUGAAAACCAAUUUGUAUAUAAAGCUAGCUUCCGAAGAGAACCUCAAUGACCAUAAGAAAGAGCUGUUGAAGAAGUUGUCCCCAUACCUUCAAAAUUCUGAAUUUGAAGAAGCUUUUAUACGCAACCAAGUUAGGGAGCAUCAAAACAAAUUAUUGGAAGAUAGGGCACCUCGUAGCAGAAAAUAUGUCCGUAGAGAUCAUGCAGCGGCAAACCGAAGGCUAAUUGAGGACUACUUUGCCAAUGAGCCUACAUACGACGAUACAAUGUUUCGUCGUCGGUAUCGGAUGCAAAAACAUGUUUUCCUUCGAAUCGUUGCAGACCUUUCAAGUAGUGAUAACUACUUCACCCAGCGAGUUGAUGCAGCCUAUAAAGAAGGAAUAUCACCCUUGGCAAAAUGUACAACAGCAAUGCGAAUGUUAGCAUAUGGUGUGGCAGCAGAUGCAGUCGAUGAGUACAUCAAAAUCGAAGGUACUACAACACUGGAGUGUUUACGUAGAUUCUGUAAAGGAAUCAUACGAUUGUAUGAGCACGAGUACCUUAGAGCACCAACCGAAGCUGACCUGCAAAAAAUACUACAUGUUAGUGAAAUGAGGGGGUUCCCAGGCAUGAUCGGGAGUAUUGACUGCAUGCACUGGGAGUGGAAAAAUUGUCCGAAAGCAUGGGAAGGUCAAUUUACUAGAGGGGAUAAGGGAACCACAACGGUUAUUCUUGAGGCAGUUGGAAAGGCUCCAAAUGUGAAUUUCUUUGUGAAUCAACGUCCCUAUAAUAUGGCAUACUAUCUAGCUGAUGGUAUCUACCCUUCUUAUCCAACUUUCGUCAAAUCGAUUAGACUUCCUCAAAGUGAACCCGACAAGUUGUUUGCACAAGUUCAGGAGGGAUGUCGAAAGGACAUCGAACGUGCAUUUGGAGUUCUUCAAGCUCGUUUUAAAAUCAUCCGUGAACCAGCUCGUUUGUGGGACAUAGCUGAUUUGGGUAUCAUUAUGAGGUCAUGCAUCAUAUUACAUAAUAUGAUUGUUGAGGAUGAACGAGAUACAUAUGCUCAACGUUGGACCGAUUUUGAGCAAUCUGGGGAAGGUGGAUCUAGUACACCGCAACCAUACUCGACCGAGGUGUUACCCGCUUUUGCAAAUCAUGUGCGUGCUAGAUCCGAGUUGCGUGAUUCGAACGUUCAUCACGAACUGCAAGCAGAUCUAGUGAAGCACAUAUGGACAAAGUUUGCAAAUGCUUCGUGAUGGAAGAUGAUUUGUAUCGUGCUAGCUCCGGUUAUUUGUGUGUUGUGUGCUUAGUUUGUU